AUGGCCGAUCCUAAUACUGAAACCGCUGAAAUAACUGCUGAAGUUAAAGUUGAAGAGAAAAAAGUUGAAACUAUUACUGAAACCGUUGUAACUACCACAACUACUGGAACUAUUGAAAUAGUAUCUGAAGAAAAAAAGGAGGUUGAAACAACCAAGAUAGUUGAAGAACCAGUAAAGGAAAAUGUUUCUAAAGAUAAUGAACCUGAGACCCCUGACCCUAUCUAUAAGGGAAAUUUGUAUAAGCACCACCCAAAUAAAAUACUUUUUGGUAAAAAUCAGCGACAUUUUGAAUUGAGUGAAGAACCUAUUCCUAAAGAUAAUUUUUCGGUAUAUUGGAAGAAAAACAUAAAAGAUGUGCCUACAAAAGCUCCUCCCACAAAAUCUUCUUCUGAGACCACAAAACAUUCAUCUGAACCCACAAAACCAUCAUCUGAGCCCGAAAAAACAACUGAAAAAACUGAUGUUCCUGCAUCUGACGUUCCUGUAUCUGACGUUCCCGCAUCUGACGUUCCCGCAUCUGAUGUUCCCGCAUCUGAUGUUCCUGCAUCUGACGUUCCUGCAUCUGACGUUCCCGCAUCUGACGUUCCCGCAUCUGACGUUCCCGCAUCUGAUGUUCCUGCAUCUGAUGUUCCCGCAUCUGAUGUUCCCGCAUCUGAUGUUCCUGAGUGCAAAGAUGAUAAAGAGGAACAAAAAGAAAAGGAAUCAAAUCAAUACGAAGAAAUCAACAAAGUACAUUUCUGCAAUAUUGCUCAUGCUACUCAAACCGGCAAGGGUCUUUUAUUUUAUUAUAAGAAUGAAAAAACCCGUGAACCAUCGGGUAUUAUUAACUUAAAGGGUGCUACUGUUGAGAGUGAUAAUACAAGUACAGGCAAAUUCAAAAUAAUUACUCAAGAUAAAAAAGAACAUAUUUUGGAAGCUCUCAGUGAAAAAGCGAAGAAACGUUGGGUACAUACCAUUGGUGAAGAAAUUAAACAAGCUAAUGAACAAGAUACUGAUGCCCUCUACGCUUCUGAGGAAUACAAAAAAAUUUAUGAUCAACUCGUAUGCGAUGUUGUAUGCUAUGUAGUAUGCGAUGUAGUAUGCUAUUUAGAAACUGGUGCAAUCUCUGAUUCUGAUCUCCUUUCCGAUAGUGAAGAUAAACAAGGAAAAUUAGAUUCAAAACGCAGAUCUAUAUUCCCCAACUUUGUUCGACCAAGGAAGACUCCUGAAACUCCUGCUACUCCUGAGACUUCUAAUGCUACUGAACCUACCACUGAACCUGCUGCUACUUAUGAAUCCGAGUCCAAAAAUAUUACUGUCAAUACUGAUGGUGUUAAUACUGCUGAUGUUUCACCUGAUGAUGGUCCUACUAAAUCUCCAAAGUCAACAAAAAGUGGUUUUUUCAAUCUUCCUUCUCUAUUUGCAAAAAAGGAAAAGACCCCUGAGAUAAAGGAUGAAAGUGCAAAAGACAAAGAAAUACCUCAAGAAACUAAGGAUGUUGGAACUAGUGAUACUCCUGCUGCCGCUGAAGAUACCAUCGCUACUGAUACCAAGCCUACCGAUGAAACCAAAGAUGAAACCAAAGAUGAAACCAAAGAUGAAAUCAAAGAUGAAACCAAGGAAGAAACUAAAGAAGAAAAGAAAAAGGGUACUAGUUUAUUUGAACCCGUUUUCAAUGCAUUUGCUAACACCUUUAAAACGACUAAAGAGGAAAAAACUGUUGAAACAACCACCACAUCCGAGGCAGAAACUUCUGAUACUAUCGAAUCUGCUCCCGAAGAACAAAAAACUGGUGCUGAACCAAGUAAAGAUGAGGAAACCCCUGAAAAACCUAAAGAGGAACCUACCAAAAAGAUUACAAAUUUGGGUCGUAGAAUUACUAGUGUCUUCAAGAAAAAACCUGAGAAAGCUCCCGGUGAUGAUGAUCAUAAAGACGAUGAAACAGAAGAAGACAAAAAGAGGAAGAGGAUAAGUAUGCAAAAAAAGCGAUCGGGCUCACAAAGUGAAGAAAAAGAAUCGGAAACUGUGCAUGAUGAAUUCGAACUUGUUCAGGCUGAAGUAGCGGAAAAAUAUCCUGACGCCACCAAACAAGGAAAAUUAAAUAAAGAAUCUCACAGUUUCUUCAAGCGUCCUGAAGAACGAUACUUUGCGCUCCAUGGUGGUAUAUUAUACUACUUUAAAGAUAGUAAAACAAAAAGACAAAUUAAAAUAGAAAAGAAUUGCCAGGUCAGAAAGGCUGAUAAUAGAAAAUUUGAAGUUGAAACUCCAUCAAAAAAAAUCUACAAGUUCCAGGCUCCAAGCGAAGAUGAACAAUCCGAAUGGGUUAAUGCAAUCCAGGAUCACAUUAAUAAACUUCCGGAAGAAGAAACAACUGACAAAAAAGAGCUCCCUGAAGUUACAAACGUUUCCAAUAGCGAAGGUAUACAGGAAGCGAUCGAUGAAGCUGCUAAUGCCUCCAAAGAAAGUGCUGAACCCAGUACUGAACCCAGUACUGAACCUAAGACUGAAAAUGAUAUCGCUGAAAAAUCAGAAAUCACUCCAGCUGCACCUGAAACGACUGCUACUGCUUAA